UGUUAUGGCGGGUGUUGUGUGGUGUGGCAGUGUUCUUGGAGGAUGAGACAGUGCAGGAGAGGUGGAAAGAUCAGUGAUGGCCUCUUGGGAGACGCGCUACACGCUAGCCAACUCUGGGGUUGCCUUGUGACGUGACCAUUGCUGAUGCGCGCCGCUAACUGUGUUUGAAGGCGUUAACGGUGAUAGUGCAGAGGAAAAAAUGACAACAAGAAAACGAGGGAGGAGCGAGAGUUCCCCUGCACUCAGUGCUGCGUCAACAACUCCACCUGAGACUGGACGUGUAUCAAGGAGGAACCUGGCACAUGCCAGCCCAUCACACAUCGCUCCAGAGUCACCUCCAAGAAAAACCCGAAGAGGCACCUCCACACCAGAUACGCCUCAGAGAACUAGUCCCAGAGGGCGGGGAGGGCGCUCACCUGCUGCUGUAUUUAAUGACUCUCCCAAAAGUAUAUCACCAAGAGGCAGGGGCCGAGGAAAUCGAGGGGGAAGUACAGAUUCUAAUGCCAGCAGUGUUGCAUCUACCUCCACUCCAUCGAGGCGGCAUGGGCGGAGAGGGAGUAGCAGCUCAAAUGUAAGAGUAGUAUCGGAGAAUGUGCAGGUUACACCUACCAGAGGUAGAGGACGCAAGAGAAAGAAAUCAAAGAGUCCACCUGCAGUUUUGUCUAAGAAAACUAAUGGUGCAUCACCAGAGUAUUCACCCACAGGUUCUAAAAAAAGAAGGGGCACUGCUGAAGUAGAUGCACCAGCUACAAAUGGGAGAAAUGGUCGCAGAACUCGAGGCAAGAAGGGCACAUCAGAGACACCACCUCAGGAAGAUUUAGAUGGCGGUACAGAUGAGGAAUCAUCACAUUUGGAUGACACAGAGUCUAGUACACUUGAGAAUUCUGCAGACUCUUUGAAGAUUGCAGAAACUGAAACUGAAUGUGAACUACAAAACAACUCUUCUCAACCUGAAAGUGAUGCUGAGGAGGUUAAAAAAGUUGAAAAUGAUCAUAUGAAUGAUAAGUGUGACAAAAGUGCAGAUGAUGAUCAGACAACUCGCACUAGUGAAGCUAAACAGCAUUUGAAUAAAGAAAGCGAGUAUCGUGAAAUUGGGGAUCAACCAAGCAAGUCGUACGAGAAGAAGGUACAACAGCAUUCAGAAAAGCAAAGCGAGUUGGGAAUAAUUAAAGUUCAAAAUGCAGAACAUGGCAAGUCAUCAGAGAAAGAGGUUGAACAACAAUCUGAAAAUCAGAGUGAGUCAUGCAAGAAAGAGGAUGAAGAAUAUGGUGAAAAACUAAGCGAGUCAGGUGAGAAAGAGGUUCAAGAUGCAAAAAAUCAAAUGGAGUCAGGUCCAUGUAUAAAUAAGCUUCAAGAUUCUGAGAAAAGCGAUUCAUCCAAAAAAGGGGUUCAGCAGAACCUGCAAGAAAGAGAGUCAUAUUUGAGCAAGGCUCAACAUUUUGAAAAACAACAAGAGUCUUGCACGAUGGGGGAUCAACUUCCUAAACAGAGACCGUCAUCAAAAAAGGUGGUCGAGGAACAAUCGGAACAGAGCGAGUCAUAUGAGGAAGAGGUUCAUCAACAAUCAGAACAAAGUGAGUCAUGCGAUGAAAAAGCUCAAUGCUUAGAACUAGAGUUAUGCACAGAUGAGGUUCAACAACAUUCUGAAAAGCACAAGUCAUGUGAGAAAGAAGUUCAACAACAAUCGGAAGAAAUCGAGUCGUGUGAGGAAGAGGUUCAACAACAGUCAUUGCAAAGUGAGUCGUGUGAGGAAGAGGUUAAACAACAAAACGAACAAAGUGAGUCAUGUGAGAAAGAGGUUCGACAACAGUUGGAACAAAGUGAGUCAUGUGAGAAAGAGGUUCGACAACAGUUGGAACAAAGUGAGUCAUGUGAAGCAGCAGCUCAACAACAAUUGGAACAAAGAGUGUCGUGUGAAAAAGAGAUUGAUCAACAAUCGGAACAAAGCAAGAUAUGUGAGGAAAAAAAUCAACAAUCAGAACAAAGUGAGUCAUGUGAAAAAAAGAUGCAACAACAAUUAGAAGAAAUCGAGUCUUGUAAGGAAGAGGCUGAACAACAAUCGGAACAAAAGAAGUCGUGUGAGGAAGAGCUUCAACAGUCAGAAAGUGAGUCAUGUGAGAAAGAGGUUCAACUAUCAGCACAAAUGGAGUCAUGUGAGAAAGAGGUUUACCAACAAUCGGAAAGCGAGUCAUAUGAGAAAGAGGUUCAGCAGCAAUCAAAAAGCGAGUUGUGUGAGAAAGAGGUUCAACGAUUAGAACAAAGUGAGUUGUGUGAGAAAGAGGUUCAACAAUCUGAAGAACAAAUGGAGUUAGAUCUACACAUCAAUGAGCCUCACCAUUCUGAGCAAAGUGAGCCAUUCAAAAGAGAGGUUCAGCAACAUUCAGAAGAUCAAUAUAAGCCUGUGUCAUUUGGAACAGUGGUUCAACAAUCAGAUAAACAGAGUGGGUCAUGUGAAAAUAAGGUUGGACAUUCAGAAGAAAAAAUGCAUUCAUUCAUUGUUGAAGUUCAAUGUACCAAACCAAAUGAGUCGUGCGAGGAAGAGGCUAAAGAACAUUCGGAAAGUCAGAGCAAAUCAUGCAAAAUCGAGUUUCAACAUUCAAGAGAACAAAGCGAAUCAUUCAUUAAUGAAGCUGAGCAAGAUUUAGACAAACAGAGAAAGUCACAAGAGGAGAAGGUUCAGCAUUUAGAAGCAGAAAGUGAGACAUGCAAUAAGGAGCUUCAGCAUUCUAGAAAAGAAAGUGGAUCUUACAUUAAUGAGUUUAAACAACAGUCAGAAAAGCAGAACUAUUUGUGUGAAAAUAAGACUGUGUGUUCAGAAGAAGGUAAAUCAAUCAUAAAUGAAGUUCAGCUACAUUUAAUAGGAAACGAGAGUGAACCAUCUUGUGAAAAGGGUCUGCAAUGUUCAGAACAAAAGAAUGAAUUGGUUGAAAAAGAGAUUCCAUAUGUUGAAGAACAAAGUGAUUUGUCUGAGAAAGGGGUUCAACAAAAUCCAGAAACAAAUAUUGAUUCCUGUGUGAACAAGAUUCAACAUUUAAAAGAAGAGACAGAGACUUGCACUGAUGAGCUUCAGCAUUCUGAAAAAAAGAGCGAGUCAUGUGAGGAAAAGGUUCAACCUAUGGAAAAACAAAGCAAGCCAUCUGAGAAAGAGAUUGGACAUUCUGAAGGUGAGCCAAACAAGGAACAGGUUCAGCAACAUUCAGGAGCAGGUGAACCAUGCAAUAAAGAGGUUCAACAACAUCCACAACAAAGUGAGCCACAUGCAAAAGAGGCUCAACAACAUUUAGAAGAGCAAAGUCAGUCAGUCAAAAGCAAUGCUCAACCUGUAAAAGAGAUGGAGUUGUGCAUUAAUGUGGUUCAACAGCAUUCAGAACAAAGUGAGCCACCAGAAAAAGAUGUUCAAUGUUCAGAAGAAAAUAAGCUGUGCAAGAAAGAGGUUUGUCAAAAUUCAGAAAGAGAGUCAAAUAAAACAGUUGAACAACAUUUAGAAAAAAGUGAGUCGUGCAGCAAAAAGGCUCAAUCAUUAGAACUAAUGGAGUUAUGCACAGAUGAGGUUCAGCAAUAUUCUCUAAAACAUGAGCUGUGUCAGAAAGAUGUUCAACAAUCAGAACAAAGUGAGUCAUGUGAGAAAGAGGUUCAGCAAUCAGAACAAAGUGAGUUAUGUAAGAAAGAGGUUCAACAAUCAGAACAAAUUGAGUCAUGCGAGAAGGGAAUUGAACAGUCAGAAGAAAGUGAAUCAUGUGAGAAAGAGGUUCAACAAUCAGAACAAGGUGAAUCAUGUGAGAAGAGAAUUAAACAGUCACAAGAAAGUGAAUCAUGUGAGAAAGAGAUUCAGCCUUUAGAAGAAAUGGAGUUAUGCAUAGAUGAGGAUCAACAGCAUUCAAUACAAAGAGAGUUGCAGGAGAGAGAAGUCCAGCAAUCUGAGAGAGAAAGUGAGCCAUCUGAUAAAAAGUAUCAACAUUCAGAAGAUAAUAAGUCAUGUAAAAAAGAUGGUGAGCAAACUUCAGAGGAAGGCAGGUUCCGUGUGGAAGAUGCCCAACAACAUCCAGUAGUAAGUGAAAAACAGAGCAAGUCGUGUGAAAAUGAGGCUCGGCAACUUGGACAAAUGGAGUUGUGUAUAAAUGAUGAUCAACAAUAUAAUAAACAAAGUGUGUCGCAUAAGAAAGAGGUUCAGCAACAUUCAGAAAAACGGAGCUUAUCUGAAAAUGAGGUUCAUCAUUUAGAAGCACAAAAUGCGACCUGCAAUAAUGAGUCUCAGCAUUCAGAAACAGAAAGGAAAUUAUGUCUAAAUGAAACUCGACAACAAUCGGAAGAAAUUAAUUCGUGCAAUGAAAACGUUCGACCGUGCUUGGAAAAACUGAGUAAGUCGUGUGUAAAUGAAGUUCAGCAACAUUCUGCUGAAAGUGUGUCACAUGAGAAAGUUCAGCAGCUUCCAGUGAAACAAAGUGAUUUUUGUGAGAAAGAGGUUCAACAGUAUUCAGAAAAAGUAAGUGAGACUUGUGAAAAUAAUUUAAGUGCCAUUUCUCAAAAACUGACAGAAUUGCAUGAAAAUGAGAGGUUGGAUAAAGUUGAAAAUCAAAGUGUGUUGUGUGAACAUAAAGAUGUUAUUGAAGAUGCCAUUGCUCCUUCAGGUAGUAGUGUACCUACCAGUCACAAGAGUCUGAUGACAAGAGAUCUGCUUUGCUCCUCGGAACAAGGCUCCUUAAGAACGUGUGACCCAGGCAUUAAAGGUAUUGUGUUGAAUUCAACUGCAGUGGUCAGCUUGCCUACAAAUAGUUCUAGUCAUGUGGAAAAUUCAAAGAAGAGACAUAUUAGUGGGGAUUCCUCAGAUUUUGGCUGUCCAGAAGAACAACCUCCAAAGAAAGCUAAACUAAGUGGUAGUGUACCUGACAUUUCUAGUAAAACAGAAACUAUAAAUAACGACAAUGACUCGUAUAGAGGAAAGUUUGCAGGAAAUAAGGAAAGAGAAAGCCCCAAAAUUAUGAACUGCAUAAAAUUGGAUGUGAAAGGAGACAUGGAAACAGAUACUGUGACACAAGCUGAAACCUUUCUAGAAUCACUUGGCCUCACAGAACAGCAGACCUCAGAAGUUUGUUCAGUUCUUCCAGCUCAUGUGAAAGAUUUGUCAGAUGGAAGACUUGUGGAGGAGAUAGUGGAGACACUCCUGGACGGGUCCAAUACAGUAACAACCAUGAAUGCUCCACGCUUCAACAAGUUCCUCAGACAGUUACUAACAUAUUAUUGCAACCUUGAGACCACCAAGGAGAAAAAACAUGCACUCUGUGAGAAAGCAGUACAAUGGGCGCGUGACAGAAAAAGUGUGAAUCUUCGGCACGAGUUAGAGCUGACGCUGAUGUCGCUAUACUACAGUACCUGUCAUUAUAAACAAGCAGAGGUCAUUGCCAAUGCUUUAUAUUCUGAAACCAAAAAGUUACAAGACAAGGAGAAAACUGUGAAGGCGUGUUUGUGCUUAAGCCAAGUGUAUCAUGCCAUGGGCAACAUCUCCAAGGCUCGGGCCAACAUCACCACUGCCAAGACGGAAGCUCUCAAGAUUUAUACACCCCCAGAUAUGCAGGGAGAGCUUGACCUACAAUCGGGCAUCAUGCAAGUCGCAGAAGGCAAGGACAUGGAAACUGCCUACUCUUACUUUAAGGAGGCAGCAACAGGGUUCACUUCUCAUGAGCAGCGGGCACGAGCACUCAAGUACAUGCUCCUUGCCAAGAUUAUGGUCAACAGGGCUGAGGAGGGAGAAAAAGCUGUGAAAAGCCCGAGUCAUAUUCAGGAUAUUGAUGAGGGAGUGGAAGCCAUGCUCGCCAUCGCAACUGCAGCUAACAAAUCCUCUCUUGCAGACUUCAGGAAAACACGUGAGCAAUAUGGUGAGCAUCUGGCUGGAGACAUGGUUGUAGCCAGCGUUCUGGACGACCUCUACACCACAAUGAUGGAGAAGAACCUUCGCAACAUUGUCUUACCAUAUGAAAGAUUACAGAUUGCUUACAUUGCUGAUCAAAUUAGUCUUCCACGAGAAGAAGUGGAGAGGCGACUCUCGCAGAUGAUCCUAGACAAGCGUAUCAAUGCUCAGCUUGAUCAUCGUGAUGAUUGCCUUUAUGUUUAUGCCUCUGAAGACUCGGAUGCUGUCUAUCAAACAGGAAUCGACACACUUUCUCAGCUAGAUAAGACAGUGUCGCACCUCAACCGCAAAGUCAAGAAACUGUUGUAGUAAAAAUUGCGCUUAGGAAUAGCAAGUUCCACAGAGAACAAAGAACAGCUAGUGUCCUUUAAUAAAUAAAAAAAUUUUGUAUGUUGUCACGGAGCGCAAUAUUAUAUUUCUAAGAUUUGAAGCUGAAAUGAGUUUAUUAACUGUAAUAGGUAGCACUCAAAUAUUUUAUGGUAGUCAUGAGAGGUUAAGGCAUUAAAGGAAAAGCUACUCAGUCAACAAAAUAGUUGUUGUGGUUUCAUGAGGUGAAAUGUGUCUUGAGAGAAGGUACAGAAUAUAUUGAAUAUACCUUUCAUAUAUGUUCUCUUUUUUCACCUUUUUCUUUUUCUCCGAAAAGAUAUUAUUAUGGAAUGACAUUUUUUCUUGUCACAAACUAGAUAGUUAUGAAGAGGCAUUUAUGUAUAGUAAAUCUAAUAUCUAUACAUGUGUACAAACACACAAAGGCAGGCACACACACGUGCACUCACUCACAUGCAUACUCACUCACACUUGCACACAAGCACACUCACUCACACGCGCACUCUCUCACACAUUCGGUAAUUACAUGGGUAAUUACAUAUAUAAUAAAAAUAGUGUAAACAGAAACAUGUUUGCACAUAAAGAAUGCACAUGACACAUACUUGUGCACACACAAAAUAUAACCAUUUAUAUUUCUAUAUAAAGUAUACAUGAGUAUACAUACAGUUUAUUAAAAAGUACCAUAUUAUUUAUAUGUAGUGGGAAGGGCACAUACAAAACUUGUGUUGACAAAGAUUUAAGUAGUGUAAUAUAAGUUGCAUCAUAUACCACUGGUGUGGUGGCCAUUGUCUUGACUACAGGUAUUAUGGCAAUCUCAGUUCAUGUUUGAAAGAGAAAACUUUGAAAGAAUAGCCAUACAAACAUUGUAUAGACAGUGGCAAGUGCACAGUCAAACGUUUCCUUUACACUUUAAGGUAAAGUCUUACUCAGGUUUAUUUAAGCUGAUGCUGUUGUAAAUUACCUCACUUUACUGCAUGAUACAGUUUAUGACAGUUAUAAGAGUCUGUGGUUUUUUAUUUUUUUUUAGAUAAAGAUUUUUCUUCAGAGAUUGAGAAUGUUUGGAUAAUGCUAAGACGCUGUAGAUACUCUUUCACUUACCAGUUUUCCAUGCCAAGAACAAUGAGCUGGGUCAAUGCCUCUUGCCAAAUAUUUGGGCAGCAACUCUGCACAUUCACUCAUUUGAAUGUUGAACUUUACUAUUAAUCCUGUGUACCCUACCAAUGGCCUUGCCACGUGUACGUUGCUGCAUACCUUACUGAAAAGCUGAAAUUAAAUUUGUAUGAAUA